AUGAAAACUUCUUCUAUCGCCGUCCUUGCUCUCUUGGGUCUAUCUCUUGUCAACAGUGCUCCUUUGUCUGAAACCCAAGCAGUUAACGGUACCCUGCCAGAAUUGGCCCCAGUCUCCCACACAAUUGUCGAGAUGUACAAGAAUGGCGUUGAUCCAAGCAUGAAUAAUUUCACUGCCAGUGCAAGUAUCGAGAUCCUUGGUUUUCCUCAACCUACCGGAGCUUCUGAAAUUACCAUUCAAUCCCUCUCUUCCGAUGCCAUGCCUAUGACCACCCCUAUUAAUGGUGUACUUCUCACCACUGCAAUGACCGUAACAGCCAUGGCCUUUAUUAUUGCCUUUUAA